AUGAUAUAUAAUUUGGACGAUUUUGGGACGCCAGCUGCAGAGUCAGUUCGUAGACGCUUUAGCUCCCAUACGGACAUCACUCUCCUAGGGUUAAUUGGAGCCUUCCACGACGGCACAGAGGAGGAUGUUGAUGGGGCUCUAGACCAACUACUGGCUCUGCACGCAAAAGUUAUUGUGACAGUUGUCUACUCGGAAUGUCUUGGUCCACUGAUGCUACAUGCACGGCAAAAGGGGAUGACGGGGCCAGAAUAUGUUUGGAUCAACGUCAAUUUGUACACGGGCUUAGAUGGUGCCGACACCAGCGUUUCUGUCUUACGAAGUGCGUUUGACGAUCGCCUUGUGGAUUAUGACAUUCGUGGCACAAUAGUGCUUGCAGCAAGGACGGACGUGAUGGCUGGCUAUGCGCCUAAUGAUGCUUUCAUGACCAAGUGGAUGGCAUUGAAUCCAAACGUAUACCCCGGCGUAGUGCCCGGACAGCCACCCAUAUCCGGGAUUGUUAAGGCAUACACGUCAGCCUAUGUGCUUCUCCUAGGCAUCCAUCAGGCGACAUUUGGACCAAACGCAACGACCACCAUUGGCGACGUUGUCAACCGCACCGCGGGAGAUGCACUAAUGCCCAGCACCUUCGCUGACACAGGGUUUAUCUCCCCAGUUGGUGCAUUCAAAUUGGAUGCGAACGGCGACGGCAUCACUCGCCAACGCAUCAGCAUAUAUAUUGCAGACGCAGACACAGCCGAUCUUGGAUAUAUUGAGAACGGCAAUUUCCACCCUACUCUUGCUGAUAUACCAUGGAAAGUGCCCUACGGUGCGGACUGGAGCACCACAAAGAUGGAACCUCCCGUUGGGUUCAUCUAUAAUGAGCAGUACGUGAAAUGGGACGGCGCCGCGAUAACAAUCCUUGUACUGUUUUCGGCUGGUAUUCUUGUGAACUGCGUCAUUGGUGCCUACCUAGUUCGACAUGUGCACAGUGCACCGGUGAAAGCUGCCUCACCCGUCUUCCUUUCUCUCAUGUGGCUUGGAUACUCCUUGGGUUACAUAUCUCCAUUCUUCCGAAUUGGCAAGCCGACGUUCGCAAGCUGCCGCGCUAGCUACUGGAUUGAAGUCAUUCCUUUUGGUCUUGUGAUGGCACCGCUGGCUGUCAAAACGUUCCGUAUUUGGCGGAUUUUCGGCAAUCGCAAGGCAAAGACCCUCCGUCUCUCUGACUCGCUCUUGCUUCAAUUGGUUGGAGCUAUCAUGAGUCUCAACGUGCUCUUGCUCAUUGUCCACACAGCAUUUGGCAAUGUCGGUCCAACCGUCACUCCCGAUGAUAGUCAGGCCACGAUGGCGUAUGCAUGCGGGUCCACCAAUGGUCGAGAAAGUGUCAUCUCUGGUAUAGGAGCUGCAUUGGUCGCGUACAAUGGGAUCGUGGUAUUAUGUUGCACCUACUUUGCCUUUAAGACGCGCGGGGUUGUUGCACGAUUCAGCGAGUCAGCCUACAUUGGAAUCUCCGUAUACACCACGCUCCUUUGCAGCGUCUUUAUUCUGGUUAUUGACAACAUUCCCGGGACGACUGUCAUGAUCCAUUUCUUGAUCCGUGAGAUUCUCAUUUUGAUCAUGCUCCUCACAAGUAUGAGUGCUCUCCUAGGAAAGGUGGUCGUUAUGAACCUCUCCGGAGGUACAACUAAGGACGGCACUGUUGCAUAUGCUGGCGGCAACCAGAUCAAACGGACAGGAGAUGCAAGUGGUACUGGAAGCAUUAAUAAAACCGGAAGUCUCCAUCGGCAGAACGGCUCCACAUCAGGACAGGGGAACAAUCUUAUGGCAGUAUCUCAGGACUUUAGCGUCAUCAACCUUAGCAAAUGGGUCAACAAAUGGGAGCCGGCGACAAUCAUUCUCCACACGGAUGGUGUUUUUCCAUAUAUCCUAUUGAAAAUUGGCAAGGACAUGAUUGCCAUGGAACUCAAGGAUACAUUCUGUGAUGAUUUUGAAGGUGACCGCGAGUGCUUUAAACUACACGACAACCAUGGACAUUCCUUCCGUGUGCAAACACGAUCGUCAACCGAAAGACAAAAUUGGGUCAAGCAGAUCAAGAUGCAAAUUAGAACGACCACUGGGGAAUCGACCUCUGGUUUGGUUAUGCCGUCCUCCACCUCUCUCAAACCAACGCAGCAUCUCGCGACGACGCUGCAAUCGUCUUUCACCGAGCGCGACCUCCGUCGGCAAGGCAGAAUGUCCGACAAAGCACUCAAUAAAAAACUAAAGGACAUAUCGGCACGCAUUGACUCCAUCCGCCUGGAUUGGGAUGCCCUUCGCAAGGAACUGAGAACGAACCUUUUGACAGAUCCUGAAACGGCUCAUAUUUCCAGGGACUGGGCUCAGUUUGUUUUUAAAAAACAGUUUGGGCAGAAUGUUGCUGGAUCUGCUGUGACGACGGAGGCAGAGGCGGAAUCUCCUACUGGGUCUGACAAGAUGCGAGAUUCUGUUGCCAAAUUGCGGAUUCGGCUGGGAGCCAAGAUACGCUCGUCAGUGUCUCGAGAGGGUACUCAACAGGGAGAAGCCACUGCGAGUGGUGGAAAGAAGAAGCCACCAACAUGCGCGGAAGAGAUUGCACAGAUAGUGGAAACAUGGAUUGCGGCGAAACAGGACCCAGCGGAUAUAUCAAGCCAAUUUCGUCCCCUGGAUCCCGGAAAGAAUCUAUCUGCGCUACUCGCUGCCAACGCCACACAUAGCAAUCGAACGGUGGCGGCCCUGUGCUCUUUACCUCGUUCGCUAGUCAAGGAAAAAACAAACAAUUACAAACUUCCCAAGGAAGCAGUCAUGCAUUUGCACUGGUUUGAGACGCCUGUCGAUACUGGUUUAACUCCGUCGGUUCCAGUACCCAGCAAGCUUGAUCUUGACAUAUCCUCCCUCAACGAAUCAAUUGAAAAGCACGGACAGUCUCAUAAAACGUCGUUGGAAAAAGAUCUAGCCGACGCUUGGGAUCCAGUCCGACAGGUAUUGCGCGGUCUCUUACAAGUUGAGUGCGAGCAGAAACGGAUAUUGACUGUAGAGCUGGCCAAACGCGUCAACGAGUAUUCAAGGAAGUACGCUAUUGCGUUGAGAAAUUUUGAUGAGUUCUGGAAUUCCAAAACGGAAAAGUGGAAAAAGAAGGGUGGGAAGAAAAAUGGAGCUGCGAACGGUGUGGAUGAGGGCGCUUUGGCAGAGGAAGCCGAUGCCUUGUUUGAGCAAUAUAUUGAACAGAUCAAAAUAGUAGCGGACGCGUACGCCGAGGAAGUCUUACAGCCCAUUUUGAGUGAACUGCGACGUGCUGUGGAGACGUAUGAAUCGUUGCUUUCGGACCUUUUAAAAUCCAGUGAUUUAGAUCCCAAUGAAUGCGAGCGUGCCAGACAGGCGAUAUCUGGACUGGGGCGUCGCACAGAGGAACAUAUCGAUGAGUUUCUGAGGAAUGAAAGCAAAUCCCGCGCGUCCUUGACAUGUGCCUUGAGUGAUAUGAAAGACUCGUACCUGGAAGGAUCCAUGAAAACGCUUUGGGGACGACUCGAAAAAUGCUCUAAUCGCGAUUUUCGAAAGCGGAUAGCCAACAUGGAAGCAGACCAGCAAAAGGAACGGGACAUGCUUUCCACCGUUCUUGUGUCUGACGUGGCUCCCUUUUCAUCAGUCGCGGUUGUCUGCUUGGUUGUCCUGGAGUGCCUUCUUGUCAAAGGAGAACGCUGUGAAGAGGAGGCGCUACUCAAGCACAAGACGUCUCUUCAGUCGGACGUCAAACUCCAGGAACUGGCCAUUACUCGAAAGACAUUGGAAGGAUACUAUGAAACUGGAGUCUUUAGUGGGCAAAUAGAGCUUGGGAGAAAGAUUGGCCGCGUAUUAUGGUCGGUAGUCAAACAAUCUAUGGAGGCGGCUAUGGAAUCGCAAGUGGUAGCUUACAUCUCUAAAAGCGGUGGUGGUAAGUCCGCCGGUUCUGCUGCAUCUGCAGAAUCGGGCGCGAAUGCCGUUGAUGAGGAUACUAAAAAGAAGAAGAAGAAGAAAAAGAAGGCCAAGACAGGAACGGGUGAAGCGGGGGCAGCGAAUGUGGAUUCAGUGACACCACCGAUUGAAGAGCCGAGUGGAUCACCGGCGAGCACCGUCCCGGACACACCAAAGGAAGACGAGAGCGAUUCACUGGAGCAGGUUGCUUCCCCGAUCAACGGAAAAGCUACCAAAGAAGAAGAAGCUCUGCGACCUGAAAAGGAUGUUCCUCCUGUCAAAGCAAACUCUGUCGAGCACGUUUCACCAAGUCCGAAAGAGACAAUGAGCGUCCAAGAGAACGAGGAAGUGGAUCUGGAUCUAUCGCAGAUAGAGUCUGCGAUAGGAGAUGUCAUAGUUCCUGUCGGCGGUCUUACUGGAGCACGCCCAUCAGGACCGCCCGGAUUUACUGGUACUGGAAUGUGGGGCGGUAAUAAUGUAUUCCCCUUUUCCGUUCCAGCGUUUCCCAUGAACCAUCCUCUCAAUGGCAUGUCAUCGCCCACAAGUCAGGAACUGGUUUCUCUCCGCGACGAGAACACUUCUCUUCGGAACGAAAAUACCCAACUCCGAAGGGAACGCGCCGCCCUGGAAGAGCAACUCCGCGCCGCUCAACACACGAUAUCGCAUUUUAUGCAGCGCAUGCGCGGUCUAGAGUCCCAAGAGAGUGUGAAGCGCCCUGGUUACAACAACUGGAACCGACGGACUGCUGUCAGUUGUGGGAAUUGUGGAGAGCGAGGGCAUGAAAGCACCGCUUGUGAUGCUGGGUGUCGGUAUUGUUCUUCAAGGGAGCAUUUGAGUGAUGUAUGCCCUUUACUUGUCGUGUAACUAUACCGUAUAUGCCUUUUGUUGGGCGUGGCCAUAUUUUUCUUUUUUUAAUUUUUGCAAAAACUGUGUGCACUUGUAUAUACAUAUUGCUAAUACUACAUGAUUCUUGCGCUCGUUGUAACUCAUCUCGUGUCAAUGGGGUGUAGAAGUGGAACAACAGCCAUCGUUUGCCAGAA